AUGCUAGCAGAAUUUGAUGUACCCACUCAAUUCGAUGAAAUGAGAAAGAUUGUAACAAUAGCACGGACAAUGUUGAAUGUUAAGAAUAUUUUCAAGCAAACCAUAAAAACCUUCACUUUGAUGGAGGAAGCUUCCAAGAAGAAGAAACACUCUGUAGAUAACAUAUUGGUGUCAUCAAGAGUCAAAGAGCAUGUAAUAUCUCCUAAAACUAAGAAACGAAAGCUAAGAAAUGAAAAAAUUAAUAGGAGUUUACUUGAUGGUUUAUUAUAUAUUAAUCAUCAUGAUCAUUCUCAGAUAUAUUGA